CAUCUUUGCUUUUACAACCUUGCAUAUGUCAAUUAAUCUGCUCACACUGCGCUUUAUUACAAUGACGGCCUGGCAAAAGGCAAAAGGGUUUUAGGAUGAAAGUUGUGAAGCGUCUCUCUCUUCUUCUGAGCUGCUGGACUCUCAUUUACCUGCAUCCCGUCCUCGGUUCACUCAGCCGGACCAGACCAACCGAGCACCACCACCACCGGCUUGGAGAGGCAGCGGAGCGCGCGGCAGGCGGCGGGGAAGGAGAGCAAGCCCACGGAAGAGCCGGCAGAGGAAUCGCUGGGUCCUCACCAGCCGCGGGCAGGCAACCGGUGACUACUACUGGGACGUGGAAACCUUCACCGGUGAGUCCGGCGAGGAUAACGCGGAUCCGCGCGGGCCCGCCGUUAAUCAAGGGCGAGACGACUGUUAUUAAGAGCAAACUUGCAGCGGCUACUUCUGCGUCCUCGCCAUCGCGCAGCGGGACCGUGCCGGUAAACCGUGCACAGCUGCAGCAGCAACAACGGGACAGAGCAGUCAGCUCAGGGCGCAAAGACGCUGUGCGCCCCUGGCUGCCCGGCGGGGAUGCUCAUGGUAAAGCGCACGCUCCCGCGGCUCUUAGCGCGCAUGCAGCAGGGAAAGGAGUCGGGACUGCGGCUGCUGGAGGUGGAGGAGGCGGCGCACCGGGGAAAAAAAUAGGGAAAGUUGCUUCCAGAGCUAGUGCCGCUGCUCCAGUGCGCACCGGGCCUCCUCAAAGAGCUACCGGUGCGCAAAAGCAGCAGAACGCGGGUCCGCUGGCGCAGCGAGGAGCCAGCAGCAAGACCCAGAAACCGAGCGACCGGGAGGCGCACCACAAACAGCCGCUGGUUAUUCCUCACGACUACAUGCUGUCGCUGUACUGGUCUCUCUCCACCGGGGACCUGAACAGCAGCGCUCUGCAUGAAGCGGGUCUGGCCAACACCAUCACCAGCUUCGUGGAUAAAGGACAAGAUGAGCGUGGGCCCCAGCUGAGACGGCAGAGGUAUCACUUCAACGUCAGCUCUCUGGAACGAGACGGGCUCCUGGGGGCCGAACUACGCAUCCUGAGGAAGCGCCUGUCUGACCCCCGCAGGGCCUCGAUGGGAUCCACAGCCACUGACAGAGGGGGUGGAGGAAUCUUGUCCCCGUGCCUGAAGCUGUACACCUGCGCUUCAGGUAAACAACAGACUGUGCUGCUCCAGACGAAGACAAUGGAGGAUCUGCUCAGCGGAGGCGGAUUCAGCAGCAAAUGGGAAGUGUUUGACGUAUGGAAAGUCUUCAGGGGCUCCAAAACCCAGCAGAACCAGCACUCCCAGCAGCUGUGCUUUGAACUGGAGGCUCUGGAGCACAGAGGCGGUCGCCCCAUGGAUCUGCGCACCCUGGGCUUCGCCCGACCCGGCAGGACCAACAAGGAAAAGGCGUUCUUCUUGGCAUUUGGCAAAAGCAAGAAGCGGGACCUUUUCUACAACGAGAUCAAAGCGCGUUCAGGCCACGACAAUAAAACCGUCUAUGAGUACUUGUUCACCCAGCGACGAAUGCGCCGAGCUCCUGCUACGAGGGGGGCUAAAAAACCGAUGCAGCAGCAGCCGCCGCCACAGACCCUCCCCCAGCAUCAGGUAGUGAAGACGCAGACGAAGCCGCGUUGUCACAGGAGACGACUCCAUGUGAACUUUAAAGAGAUGGGCUGGGACGACUGGAUCAUCGCGCCGCUGGAGUAUGAGGCCUUUCACUGCGACGGCGUCUGCGACUUCCCUAUCCGCUCGCACCUUGAGCCGACCAACCACGCCAUCAUACAGACGCUGAUGAACUCCAUGGACCCAGAGUCGACGCCGCCCACCUGCUGUGUCCCAACACGACUCAGCCCAAUCAGCAUACUCUACAUCGACUCGGCCAAUAACGUCGUCUACAAGCAGUACGAGGACAUGGUGGUGGAGUCAUGUGGUUGCAGGUAGCAAAGAACUGUGGGACAAAGAGCGGGACAGAGAAAGAAAGACAUUUCCUGCCCUUCACUUUGAGGGAAGACAGAACGAUACUGAGCAAAAACAGCUCUUAGCUCUUCAUCUGACUGUGACCGAACUCACUGCUAUGCAACAGACAUUAAUCUUCACACUCAAGUGGACCAUCAGACUGCAUACCAAAGACUGUUACACACUGUUAAAGACUAAACAGAGACAGAUAAACUCAUGAUGGGGAUGCUCUUUAACACCCACUCUCUAACACUUGUGUUGACGUUGGUGGCGAUGAGCAAGAUGCAUCUGAGAGAAGCCAAAAACAACCAGAGACGCUUCUGGAUUAAAGUUCUGAUCUCAUGUUAGACUCAAACUGAUUUUUUUUACUGCUUUUGUUUCUCUCUUCAGAUUUGUAUCUGAUUGGUGUAAAAAGUUUGCGUGUAACAGAAAUGCUAUUGAAACAUUAGUGAAUUAUACUCAAAAAUGCCCUUUUUUCCAGCACUUAUCUGCCUUUGUGCCUUGGCCCUUUCAGAUGUACAAUGAAGAGUAAUUUGUGUGCCUUAUCCAGGACCUUUUUAUGAAGCAUGUAAAGAAUUUCUGAUGUAUAAAUACAGGCCAGUGAUGAAGUACUAAUCUGACCUGCUCCAAGUGUGGGAAAGUUGCAUAAACUACUCUUCAAUAAAA